UUGAAAACCAAGCGGCAGUCGACGGCGACGGCGACAGCGUGCUACAAAAGCCAUUGCGAGCGUCUACGCGGCGCUCGAAAACACAGGAAAAUUACAAGAAAAAUUCGAAACACAGCGAAAAUCGAGGAAAUCCCUCUUUACACGACACACCAAAUACGACCGGAUUGUUAACAGAAACUAAAGAACACAUAUAUAUAUAAUUUUUUUUGGAAAAUUUCCAUUUGGCGUUCGUAUUUUUUGCAGUGAGUGUGUGUGCGCGGUUUUUUUCUUUGGACAGUCAUAUUUCAAAAAUAUAUUGUUUGAGGCACUGUUUGGCUGCAUUCGAGAACCUGUUUCAUGCAAAUUCUACGGCCACCUGGCAGCUGAUUCAAAAUAAAAAGACACAAAAAAAAAUUAACAGAAAAGGAAGCAGUGCCAAAACAAACACACACACGCGCCAUGCUGUGACAAAAACUCGAAAAUAUAAAGAAGAGCAGCAAAACAAAAAGCCAGAAGAAGAGCCUGACAAGACAACGGAAUUCUGCUUGAUAUGCAUCGCAAGCUGAAGGCCAAGAGAAUUCGAAACAAGACAAGAACCGGCAAAAGAAAGUUAAAGUCGCGUCUAGCCUAACACCGUUUUCGUUCGGCAAGACCAGCCACACUGCCCGGAGAAGGAGAAGGAAAAGGAGAAGCCACCACCGAGAGAGAUCCUGACUCACCCACUGAGACCGAAACUGUGCCAAGAUGUACAAGUUGCUGGGUAGCCUGAAGAGCUACCUCAAGUGGCAGGACAUCCAGACGGACAACGCCGUCUUCCGGCUGCACAACUCCUUCACCACGGUGCUCCUGCUCACCUGCAGCCUGAUCAUCACCGCCACCCAGUACGUGGGCCAGCCCAUCAGCUGCAUCGUCAAUGGCGUUCCGCCGCACGUGGUCAACACGUUCUGCUGGAUCCACAGCACCUUCACCAUGCCGGACGCCUUUCGCAGACAGGUUGGUCGAGAGGUGGCGCAUCCCGGUGUGGCCAAUGAUUUUGGCGAUGAGGAUGCCAAGAAGUACUACACCUACUACCAGUGGGUGUGCUUCGUGCUUUUCUUCCAGGCCAUGGCCUGCUAUACGCCCAAAUUCCUGUGGAAUAAAUUCGAGGGCGGCCUGAUGCGCAUGAUUGUGAUGGGUCUGAACAUCACGAUCUGCACUCGCGAGGAGAAGGAGGCCAAACGCGACGCCCUGCUGGACUAUCUGAUCAAGCACGUGAAGCGCCACAAGCUGUACGCCAUUCGGUAUUGGGCCUGCGAAGUGCUCUGCUGCAUCAACAUUAUCGUGCAGAUGUAUCUGAUGAAUCGCUUCUUCGACGGCGAGUUCCUCUCGUACGGCACCAACAUCAUGAGGCUGUCGGAUGUGCCGCAGGAGCAGAGGGUGGAUCCCAUGGUCUAUGUGUUCCCCCGGGUGACCAAGUGCACCUUCCACAAGUAUGGUCCCUCUGGUUCGCUACAAAAGCACGACUCCCUCUGCAUCCUGCCGCUGAACAUUGUGAACGAGAAGACCUACGUGUUCAUCUGGUUCUGGUUCUGGAUUUUGCUCGUCCUGCUCAUCGGACUGAUAGUGUUCCGUGGCUGCAUUAUCUUUAUGCCGAAAUUCCGGCCCCGCCUGCUGAACGCCCGCAAUCGCAUGAUUCCGAUGGAGAUCUGUGGCAGGCUGUCCCGCAGACUGGACAUUGGGGACUGGUGGCUCAUCUAUAUGCUGGGUCGCAAUCUCGAUCCGGUCAUCUACAAGGACGUGAUGACCGAGUUUGCCAAGCAGGUGGAGCCCUCCAAGAACGAUCGUGCCAAGUAGACCACAUAUAUAGAUCGUAUAUGAGAUGAUGCCCCGAUAUGCCGUUCGAUAUAUCAAUCACCCUGCCUAUUAGUCCCCAUCAUUUUGUUCGAAACCCGAAAUUCCGAAUUCUGUUUUGGAUUUUUACUUUUAUUUUUAUUUAGCACAAAUCACUACAAAUACUACUUAGUUGAAACUCAAGACCAGGACAGGGCCACGCCCCCAACGCCCAACGUUGGUAGUUCUGUGAUUAAGCCCUGACCUUUGAACCCCUCCCCCAAUGAACCCACUUCCCGUCCCCUGCCCCAAAAGCUAUCAUAAGCAUGGAUUAAUCAAUGAUCACAACUCGAAUCGCUUGGCAGAAAAGACAAUUCUUUUAUUUUAAUUUUUCUUUAAUUUUUUGAUUUUCCAUCAAUUAUAACAAGACAAACAAAAACAAAAAAAAAAAAACAAAAAAUGAUGAGAUUUUCCUUGUUUUUUUCUGCAAACAAAAUCUUUUUUUUUCCUAAUUGUAAAAUCUAAUUUAAUACUUAGUUCUUAUCUAUAAAUAGGAGACAUCGCUAAAAAAGAAAGCGAACCCCCUGAAAAAAUAUGAAGAGAUACUAUUUUUGCAUGAUAUGGAGUAAUGUUUAAACGAUUCGGAACCAACCGAAAAUAUAAUAACAAAUAAAUAUUGCUUUGAGUCUUUCAUAAUAUAA